AUGGCGUCAGCAGAGCAUGUGCAGUUCGUCUGUACCCUUCUCGCUCACACUCUCAACCCUUCCGAACGCCAAAACGCAGAGCAGCAGCUCACACAAGCACAGUCGCAAACUGGCUUCCUCCAAAUCCUCAUCGCCGUCAUCCAGAAUGCUCUGGUCCCCAGCAACGAUGCUGUCCGUCUCUCCGCCGCCAUCAAGCUAAAGAACAUCUGCAAGACUGCAUGGGACGAGAUCGCUGCAGAAGAGUCCGCUGUAGAAAAGGUCGUCGAUCCACAAGACAAGCAGGCACUCAAGCAGAGCAUCAUUCCCUUGCUUGUGUCCAUCUCAACCACAACCGAUGGCAGGCCACCUGCUCCCACAAACGUACGAUCCCAAUUAGAAGAAGCUAUCGCCCUCGUCGCAGAAAAGGACUUCCCACAUGACUGGCCCAACCUCAUGGACGACCUGGUCCCCAAGCUGGCAAGUCAAGAUGACCAGCUCGUACUCGGCAUCCUUCGCACAGCACACACCAUCUUCUACAGGUGGCGAUCCGCCUUCCGCAGUGACGAUCUCUACAGCGAGAUCAACUACGUCCUCGGCAAAUACGCUGUUCCGCAUCUUGAACUGCUCAAACGCACCGACCAAAGACUCCUCGACCCAGCAACCCCCUCCGCAUCACUUCCUGCCCUCGGCAACAUCAUGAACAUGGCAUUGCAAGUCUUCUACGACCUCUCCAGUCAAGAUUUGCCGCCACAGAUCGAAGACAACAUCGGUCCCAUCAUGGAGAUCCUCGCGCGCUGGAUCUCGCAAUCUCGACCUGAACUCGACUCGGAUCCAGACGAGCCCUGCGCGCUUCAAGAGAUCCGUAGCAGCAUCUGCGAGAUUGCCGAACUCUACGCCAAGAGGUAUCUCGACGCUUUCACUCAGCUUCCCGUCUUUGUUCAGGCCAUCUGGGAGAUGCUUGGCACAUGCACACUUUCGCAGAAGUACGACACUUUGGUCUCCAAGGCCGUGGGGUUCCUGUCGACCGUGGUCAGAAUGGGCAGCUCGCGCGAAAUGUUCCAAUCCACAGAAACGCUCGAGCAGCUUUGCAGCGCCAUCAUCUUGCCCAACAUUGCCAUUCGUGAGGCCGACGAGGAGCUCUUCGAGGACAAUCCCAUCGAGUACAUCCGACGAGACCUCGAGACCAGUAUGGAGGCCGACACGCGCAGGAAAGCCGCCUCCGAGUUUUGCAGGUCGCUCAUGGAGUUCUUUGCAGCAGAAGUCACCAGCAUCGUCUCGAGGUACAUCAUGCAGUACCUCGAGCAGUACCGUGCCGAUCCACAGGCCAACUGGAGGCAGAAAGAUACCGCCAUCUACUUGCUCACUUCCAUCGCCUCCAAGUCCUCCACAGCCCAGCGAGGUGUCACGUCCACCAACGAGCUUGUUGACGUCGUCCAAUUCUUCUCCGACAACGUCUUUGCCGAUCUCCAGCAGAGCGCUGAUGACUCGCCUAGCCCCAUCCUGCAGGUGGACGCCAUCAAGUACCUCCACACUUUCCGCAACCAGCUCACAAAGGAACAGCUCAUCUCGGUCCUGCCGCUUCUCGUGCAGCACCUCGAGAGCUCGCAGUACGUCACCUGCUCGUACGCUUCGAUCACCAUCGAGCGCGUUCUGGCACUCAAGAGGGACGGCAAACUGCUCUUCACCCCACAAGACGUGCAACCCUUUGCGGAGAACAUCCUCAUGGCGCUCUUCCGCAACAUCGAGCGCGGCACCACACCGGAAAAGCUCGCCGAGAACGACUACCUGAUGAAGUGCAUGAUGCGCAUGCUCGCCACCGUGCGCGAAGCCAUCGCCCCCGCCCACGCCGCCAUUCUCGGCCAUCUUGCCAACAUCCUCACCGAGAUCAGCAAGAACCCGUCCAACCCGCGUUUCUCGCAAUUCCUCUUCGAGUCCAUCUCGGCGCUCAUCCGCUUCACCGUCGCUGCGCAGCCCGAGAGCCUGGCCGCAUUCGAAGCGCAGCUCUUCCCGCCGUUCACCAUGAUCCUCAGCCAGGACGUGGCCGAAUUCCAGCCGUACGUCUUCCAGAUUCUGUCGCAGAUGCUCGAGCUGCACACCACGCAGGGUCUGCCCGAGGCCUACUCGUCGCUCUUGCCGCCGAUUCUCACACCGGCGUGCUGGGAGAACCGCGGCAACGUGCCGGCGCUCGUCCGCCUGGUGCGCGCCUUCCUCGCUAAGGACGCACCGCGCAUCGUCGCCCAAGGCCAGCUGGCCGCCAUGUUGGGCAUCUACCAGAAGCUCAUUUCCACUCGAGUCAACGAGGGUGCUGCCCUCGAACUGCUCGAAACCAUAUUCGCUGCUGUACCGACCGAUGCGCUAGAGAACUACAAACGCGCGGUGCUGACACUGCUCCUGACGCGUCUGCAGCAGACCAAGACAGACAAGCUGGUCAAGGGCACUAUCCAUCUGGUGAGCAGCAUCGCUCUGACGGACAAGGGUCCCGAGUACGCAGUGGAGAUCUUCGAAGCUGUGCAGCCUGGGCUGUUCGCGCAGAUUGCACAGGGGAUCAUCGCGCCGGACCUGGCCAACGUCGCCGAGCGCCAGAAGAAGGUGGUCAGUGUCGGAUUUGGACUGCUGCUGCUGCGAUCGCAGCGUCUGCGUCAACCGCCCAAUGUGCAAGUGCUGCCAAGCCUGCUUUCGGCGCAUCUCAAGCUGCUGCUCACGCCGAGCUCGGCAGCCGCAACGGCAGGGGAGGACGAGCUGUUCGCCGACGAAGAGGCGACCAGUGCCGGGUUCCAGUCGAGCUUCAGCCGGCUGGCCGCGAGUGAGACGGCCAAGGUGGAUCCCACCAGGGAGACGCUCCAGGGCGCAGAGGUGAAGGUGUGGUUCAAGGCGCAGCUCGAGAAGUUCAGAGGCGAGGUUGGGGAUGCGGUUUGGGGACAGGUGUGGGGCGGUGUGGAUGCGGGAUUGAGGCAGAGCUGGGAGCGCCUGUGA